CUCCGCGGCGGGGGCCGCCCUGCUGCGGGCGCUGGGUCGGGGCCCCGGGAAUGUCCCGGGCCCAGCCGGCUGAGACGCGCCCUCCAGUUCUCCCGGCUCGGCUGGUGUUUGCACGGCCUGAGGCUCGCCGCGUUCCGAAAUGGCCGAGCAGCCGGACCAGACUGUCAAGUACUACACCCUGGAAGAGAUCCAGAAGCACAACCACAGCAGGAGCACCUGGUUGAUUCUGCACCACAAGGUGUACGAUUUGACCAAGUUCUUGGAGGAGCAUCCUGGUGGGGAAGAAGUGUUAAGGGAACAAGCUGGAGGGGAUGCUACUGAAAGUUUUGAGGAUGUGGGACACUCUACAGAUGCUAGAGAAUUGUCCACAACGUACAUCAUUGGGGAACUUCAUCCAGAUGAUAGAGCAAAGUUGACCAAGCCUUCGGAAACUCUCAUUACUACUGUUGAUUCUAAUUCCAGCUGGUGGACCAACUGGGUGAUCCCAGCCAUCUCAGCAGUGCUGGUGGCUCUGAUGUAUCACUUCUAUACAGCAGAAGAUUAAACACAUGCUCAGAAGUGGAGGAAAGAAAAGACUGCUUUGGACCAGGGAGAAAGAAGCCAGUGUUAACUGCUUCAACUGACAGAUGCCUUCACCUGAGAAAUAAUUUUAAUACACCUGUUUCCCUUUUCUCCUACUUUGAACCAAACCAAAAAGAACUCUUCUGUUCUUUCUACUCCCGAACUCUUUGAAUUGUGCCUUUUGUUCAUCAACUUUUUUUGAUGUUCCAUCACUACAUAAUUUACUUAUUGUAGGCAUGAUCUUUUAAAAAAAUAUAUCUGG